CCCACAGGAGAAAAGGUCUGGCAAUUGCUUCCCUAAAGAUUAUAGCCAAAAAAAAAACCCUGUGGGGCAAUUCUACUCUGUCACACACGGGACUGCCAUGAAUAGGAAUCAACUCAACGGUAACUGACUAAAAGCUUCAGAUAACUUUAAAACAAACUGGACUAAAUGGAAGCAGUAAACCAGUCCACAGGGUCUGAAUUUAUUAUUCUUGGACUUUGUGAUUCACGGGAGCUCCAGGCCUUUCUCCUAGUGAUAUUUUCUUCACUUUAUUUGAUCACUAUUUUAGGCAACAUCUUCAUUGUGCUCUUAAUCAUUGCUGACCUUCAUCUUCACUCCCCCAUGUACUUUCUCUUGGCCAAUCUCUCUUUCAUUGACUUCUGCCUUUCCUCAGUCACUACACCUAAAUUGAUCACAGACUUUCUCAAGGAAAAAAAGACCAUUUCCUUUGGAGGCUGCAUGUGCCAGAUUUUCUUUGGACAUUUUUUUGGAGGUGGUGAGAUGGUGCUGCUUGUGUCAAUGGCCUAUGACCGUUAUGUGGCCAUCUGCAAGCCACUCCAUUACUCCAGCAUCAUGAACAGACAAAUGUGCAUUGGGUUAGUGAUGACAUCAUGGAUCAUUGGCUUUGUGCAUUCAAUAAGCCAGCUAGCUAUGAUCGUAAAGCUGCCUUUCUGUGGCCCUUGGGAAUUGGAUAGCUUUUUCUGUGAUAUUCCGUUGGUGAUGAAGCUAGCCUGCGUGGACACCUAUACUCUGGAAAUGUUGAUAAAUGCUGACAGUGGAGUACUGGCGACCAUGAGCUUCAUCCUGUUGCUGAUCUCCUACUCUUAUAUUCUGUUUACUGUCUGCUUUUUCUCUAAAGAUGGGGCAUCCAAGGCUCUCUCCACCUGCACUGCUCACAUCACUGCGGUGGUGUUAUUUUUUGGGCCCUGCAUCUUUGUUUAUCUGUGGCCACUCAGCAUCACGUGGGUGGACAAGUUUCUUGCCAUAUUUUAUGCAGUUAUCACACCUCUCCUGAAUCCAGCUAUUUAUACUCUAAGAAACAAAGAGAUUAAAAAUGCCAUGAAGAGACUACAAUAUUAGCAUACGGUAUUCAGUGGGUAUUUCAGGGUCUCAUACUAUCAGAAUGUUUACUGUAAGUUCCAUAAAUUAGUCACACCUGUCCUGUUACUCUGAACCUGGAAGCAUUCCCCAACUCACAUAUGGGAGACAUGUGUAUAUCCAAAUGUGUGGUUUGUGUCAAUUCUAUUCCAUUCCACUAUCAAUUAUUGAUGAUUGAAUGCAA